AUGAGGGCCAGCGAGAUCCGUCUUCCUACCUCCAUCUCCUGCAGAGCCAGACCCCCUCGCCGUCGCGCACAAUGUCGGCAGAACAGCGCUCACAGUCGAGGGAAGCGGCGUCAGAGGCCACAGUCGCUCACGAAGGUCCAGAGAACGCGCCUACAGCUGAUGUCAAGGAAAAGCCUGGCGCGUCGUGGCGCGCUAACGAGACACACGUCCUCCCGCAUAACAACCUCCCCGUCGUGUUCGCAGGGUUCAUGCUCACUAUAUUCCUUGCCGCACUUGACCAAACCAUUGUCGCCACCGCCUUGCCCACGAUCGUCGAGCAGCUUGGGGGAGGGGACAACUACAGCUGGGUUGGAAGCGCAUACCUCCUCGCAUCGGCGUCCCUUGGUCCACUGUACGGAAAGCUAUCCGAUCUAACCGGAAGAAAGCCCAUUCUGUACGGCAGCAUCCUCAUCUUCUUGAUAGGAUCUGCGCUAUGCGGCGCCGCACAGUCAAUGACCUGGCUCAUCAUCGCAAGAGCAGUACAGGGAAUCGGCGGCGGAGGUAUUAUGAUUCUGGUCAAUAUUACCAUCAGCGAUAUUGUCCCCCUGCAAAAGCGUGGUCUGUACGGAGGCCUCAUCGGUUCAACAUGGGGCAUUGCGAGUAUCGUCGGUCCUUUGCUCGGAGGCGUCUUCACAGACCACGUAUCAUGGCGAUGGUGCUUCUUCAUCAACCUGCCAACCGGUGGCUUCGCAAUAGCCGUCCUGUUCUUCUUCCUCCACCUGAACCCGCAUCAAGGACGCAGCCUCCGCGAGCACGUCGCCGCUUUCGACUUUGUCGGCCUCUUCCUCAUCGUCGGCGGUGUCAUCUGCUUGUUGUUGGGCUUCAACUUCAGCGAGAAGAGGUGGGAUGAUGCGAAGACCAUUGCGCUCCUUGUGGUUGGCGGAUGCCUACUGGUCUGCGCUGGCAUCAACGAGUGGUUCACGUCGCGCGAACCCAUCAUUCCGCCACGGUUGUUCAAGACGCGGACUACAGGGCUCAUACUGCUGUCAAGCUUCCUGCACGCAGUCACGUUCUUCGAAGGAGCGUACUACUUGCCUCUAUACUAUCAGAUCCUGGGCAGCUCUGCGACAGGCGCCGGCGUAAGGAUGAUCCCCUUCUCGCUGGGUGCCGCGCUCAUGUCCGCCGCGAGCGGGAUCAUCGUGAGCAAGACGGGCGACUACCGCUGGCUUAUGAUGAUUACCUACGCGGUGUUCUGCCUCGGGUAUGGCUUGAUGACGAUGCUGGAUGACCAGUCGAGCAAUGCUGUCAAGGAGAUUCUACCGCUCAUUGCUGCCCUUGGGCUCGGUGCGAACUUCCAGACACCGCUCAUUGCUCUGCAAGCAGCAAUGCCCAUCAAGGACAUGGCGACAUCGACGGGCGCCUUCGCAUUCAUUCGUACCAUUGGUGGCACCGUCGGCGUCUCUAUCGGGCAGACCAUCUUCACGAGCACCCUUAACAAUCGCUUGUCCAAGAUUCCGAACAACCCAUAUGCAGGCUCGGCCGGCGGCUACUCGGAGGACGUGAGGCAGUUGAAGAACAUUGCGGACCCGGUACUUCGCCAACAGGUGAUUCAUGCGUUCUCGCGAGGAGUCAGCACAAUUUGGAUAGCCAGCACACCUAUGGUCGGCGUCGCGUUUAUCAUGGUCCUCUUCCUCCGCAAGUACACCCUCAAGCGCACAGUCGUGCAGACCGCCAAGGCCGCCGGUGGCGACGCGGACGUCGAGAAGGGCGGUGAUGCAACGGCCGCGGAAGACCGGGAAAGCAAGGAGGGCGUUGAGCAGGUGCAGACGCGGACGAACGAGACGCUUCAGACACGCACGACCGAUACGAAGGGAAGCGAGACGCGAGAGGGCAGUGUGGUUCGCGACGACGCGACUGUUCGACCGGGGACAGCGGAGUCGGGGAAGGAGAAGGUUUAAGUUCGAAAAGGAAAACAUUCGACUCCGGUAUGGGAAGGUCGCAGAGUUACGAAGGAGCUCGUGCUUAUGUUUGGAGGCACGGCUCACAUUUUGGGACUCACUGCAUAGGGAAGGACCACUAGUAGAGGGUGGAAUGACCACGCACGACAUAGAAAAGGCAUCUUACUUGCUAGUUACCACAUCAUUUAGAUGUUUAAUUUACGACCUUUACUUGACUGCUUUCCUCUGAAUAUAGCUUAACUUGCGAGCGUACAAGUACAAAGACGGCU